AUGACGGCGGAAGACUUGAAGACAUUUUCAGGAACCACCGCCACCGCCACCAAAAACCUAGACGUUAACGUCGCCGAUUGCUUACCGCCGGUGAGCGCAGAUGAAUCUGAGAAGAGGAAAAAGAAGAGGCGCAGCAGCGGCUCUUUCGGCUUCCUAAAAGCCGCGUCGUCGAUUUUCCGGACGAAGAAGAAGCAGCAGAAGAGCAAUGAGAAACAGCAGAAGAAAGUUUCCGAUCAGGACGAGGACGGCGCGGAUCGCAAGGCGAAGAAGCAGGGGGAGAAUAGCUGGAAGAACAUCGUGGGGUGUAUGCGGCCGUUAACAUUGCAGGGGAAAUCUCCGGCGAUUUCUCCGUCGCCGACGGCUCCGGAUCUACAGGCUCUGGUCCCACAAGGCGGCCUGGAAUCUCCGGCUCCUUCAUAUGUCUCCUCCGGCGGCACCAUGAGCCGAUACGCUUCCGCAUCCGAUCUCCAGGAACUUGAUGCCUGCGACAACGAAGAUGACCCCGACGAGGUUUUUGACGCCAUCACCGGCGACGAGAUGAUCGACACCAAGGCUGAGGAAUUCAUUAAUCAAUUCUACCAACAAAUGAAGCUUCAAACUGAACCCAAUCAGUAUUGA